GACUUAAUCUGACAGGGGUGUGUGUUGGUGGUCGUCGUAGUUGUGCUGGAAUCGGAUUGAACGGCUCUUUGCUUGAGUAAUUUCGCCAUAUAAAGACCGAGGUGACGGCGCGUUCGGUGGCAGGCCAACUAGCGAGCGGUGUUCCUCCCAUUCGAAAUGGACUCACAAGGCAGAAAAGUUAUAGUUUGUGACAAUGGAACUGGUUUCGUCAAGUGUGGAUAUGCCGGCUCGAAUUUCCCAGCGUUUACCUUUCCUAGUCUCGUUGGGAGACCGAUCCUCAGAGCUUCGAGCAGAGUCGGAGAAAUGGAGGUCAAAGAUCUCAUGGUUGGAGACGAGGCUUCAAAGCUUCGCUCCAUGCUGGAAGUGAAUUACCCUAUGGAGAACGGGAUGGUCCGCAAUUGGGAUGACAUGCUGCACGUAUGGGACUACACAUUCGGGCCGCAGAAGAUGAAUCUAGAAACGAAAGGCUGCAAAAUUCUUCUGACCGAACCACCGAUGAACCCUUUGAGAAAUCGCGAGAAGAUGCUCGAAGUCAUGUUCGAACGAUACGAAUUUGAUGGAGCCUAUAUCGCUAUCCAAGCCGUGCUCACCUUAUAUGCUCAAGGACUGUACACAGGGGUUGUGGUCGACUCCGGUGACGGCGUCACACACGUCUGCCCAGUCUACCAUGGGUUCGCACUGCCUCAUUUGGCUCGUCGCUUGGAUAUCGCUGGGCGAGACAUCACUCGUUAUUUGAUCAAACUUCUCCUAUUGCGUGGGUACGUGUUCAAUCAGUCAGCGGAUUUUGAGACGGUCCGAAUGAUGAAAGAGAAGCUUUGCUACGUCGCUUACAAUGUCGAACAAGAGCAGAAACUCGGUCUAGAAACGACCUUCUUGGUAGAGCCUUACACUCUUCCCGAUGGUCGCAUUAUAAAAAUGGGAAACGAACGUUUCGAAGCGCCAGAAGCAUUAUUCCAACCACAUUUGAUCAACGUAGAGGGCCAUGGCAUGGCCGAGCUUGUAUUCAACACAAUUCAAAGCGCAGAAAUAGAUCUGCGGUCUGAAUUGUACAAGCAUAUCGUACUCUCUGGUGGAUCCACCAUGUACCCAGGAUUACCAUCGAGACUUGUGAGAGAAAUCAAGCAACUUUAUCUCGAGAGGGUCUUGAAAGGUGAUGCAGAGAAAUUGAAGAAGUUCAAGAUCCGCGUCGAAGACCCACCGGGUCGGAAGGACAUGGUUUUCCUCGGCGGGUCGGUGCUUGCGAACGUCGCAAAGGACAAAGCCGACUGGUGGAUAUCGCGCGAGGAGUAUUUGGAACAUGGCGUUAAAGUCCUGGAUAAAUUGGCGCCUGCGGCAAACUGAGUGAAAGGUCAUUCCGUCGCCAGAGAAGAUCGAACGAUCCUCGGAAAGUGGAAGAAAAUGGACGAAACACUGAUCACGAGACGAAAACCGAGUUCUGGUCCCUGCCAAACGCUACAUUUUCGUUCCUUGCGAAUCUUGUACAGCGUCGCUGAACCGACGUUUCGAGUAAGAAGGCUUCAGAUCAUGAAAUCUUCUUCUUAAUAGAUUCCCUUCGAGCGCUGCGUCAUCAUGUAGAAAUAUUCCAUGUCGAAGAUUUAGAGCUCUCCGUUCUGGUUCCAUUCCGAAAACCAACGGGUUAUUCGACUGAAUCGCCCUCUAGAUAGAUCAAGACGGAUACAUGCGGACGCGAGAGGAGGAUAAAGUUUCUGAUUGUUGAGAGUAAUUUAAAGCACACGACGUCGCCAAGAAUGGAUUAAAAAACAAUGAAUGAUGAAUAAACUGAGCUCAAAGGCGCUCGACCGAA